GUAUUCGUCCGGUUCCGGUAGCCGCCAUUUGUCGUUGAUAUAUCUGUCAAAGUUUUCUUUCAUUUUUACUAUUCCAUUGUAUAAUAAAAAAAGUGGUUGUGGAUAAUUAUUAAUUCUCCAUUGAUCUGAGUAAUAUUUGUUAAACGUGAAGUUCUUAAUACUACAGCUAUGCAAACCGGUAGCGGUACCAAAAACCCUCCAUGGGCGCGAUCAAAUGUAAAUACAAACAUGACUGGUAUUAAUCCACAAAUUAUGGAUCCAAACUCAAUGAUGACUCAACAAGGCAUGAUGCCUUUCCAGCAAACUCAAGCAGUGUUUAAUCCUAGUAUGAUGCAAGCACAGAGUGGAAUGGCAAUGCCUAUGGCGGGACAAAUGCCAAUGAACCAAAUGGCUCAAGGUCAAAUGUAUCCUGGCAAUGUUGUGGCGUACCCUACACCACGUGCUAUGAACCCUAGUAUCUACCAAAAUACGCAAACAAAUCAAAACCAACCGAAUGCCGAACAACGUGUAUUUACCGGCAUUAUUACCAAGACCUAUAAUGAUUUCGGCUUUGUUGAUCAUGAUGUUUUUUAUCAAACUUCCGUUUGUGCUAAAGGUAUUAUACCAAAAGUUAAUGACAGAGUUCUUGUUGAAGCCACUUAUAACCCUAACAUGCCUUUUAAAUGGAAUGCAACUCGUGUUCAAGUAUUGCCAAGUGUGCCAAGUGGUCCUAGCCAAAAAAGUAAUCCACCAAAGUCAAACACUUACAAUGCUGUACCACCGCCUGCUAAGAAAUCUACUGUGCCUAGACGAGAUGAAAGACCUUCACGACGAGAUGACAGAAAAAGAUCACGCACAAGGAGUCGGUCAAGAUCUAGAGGAAGACGUGACAGUCGCAGUCGUAGGGAUUCACCACCCAGAAAAAGACCUAUUGUCCAUCAGCCAUCUCCAAUUAAAUAUAUUGUUCGAGUACCAAGGAUACCUCUGGACAUACAAAAGAUGGAUGUACCUGCUCUAAGUCAACGUUACACAAAUUUAUAUAUACCUUCUGACUUCUUCAAUGCUCAUGUAAAAUGGGGAGAGACUUUUCCACCACAGACACCAUUUUCAUUGAAUAAUCCAUGCGCAUAUCACAUCUUGAGUAAGGAAAUUGAAAGUCCUGUUCCAAUUGAUGCAGUUCUAGAACCACCAGAUGCAGAUUACAGAUUUUCUGCAAAGGUUAUGUUAAUUAGCAUGCCAACACUAGAAUUUCUAUACCAAAAAUGUGGACUCACUAAGGUUGAUGACAAAGAUAAGAGAUUCAUGAAAACGCAGCUUCAUCCAACGCGAUUAAUCAAAUUCCUAGUGGGUCAAAAAGGGAAAGGUGGUGAAAACUUUGCUAUAGGUGGACCUUGGAGCCCUUCUUUAGAUGGUGAAAAUCCUCAAAGUGACCCUAGAGUUCUUGUUAAAACUGCAAUACGCACUUGUAAAGCUCUCACUGGCAUUGACCUGUCUUCUUGUACACAGUGGUACCGAGUGGUGGAGUUUUACUACUGGCGCGAGGGCAGCGGCGGCAACAAGUCGCGGCUCGAGUGUGUGGUGUUGUUCCUGCCAGAUGUGUGGUCUGCGCAGCCUUCACGUAUCGAGUGGAGCAACAUUCAGGACCAGUAUAAAGCAGCCUGCGACAACGCUUUGAGGAAACUCGACGGCAAGGAACCGGAGUCCGUCGACAAAGAAGCAGCCCAACAGUCUGCAGCAGCAGAAAUCAGCAACUCAGCGGACAAAUCCCAAAUUGAAAAUACAGAUGCCGAUGUCAGUACAAUAACCAUAGAUGAAAAUGAUGAUGAAGAGGAGAAACCAGAGCCAACACAUUACUCUAAAAUUGACUUAAGAACCAUAAAAGUUGAUCAACUGAGACAAGAGUUAAGGGCACGAAAUACAAGCUGCAAAGGUUUACGUGCUCAACUUGUAUCUCGUCUAUCAAAACUAAUAAAAGCAGAACAAGAUAAAGAAUCGAAAAAUGAAGAUGUCAUGGAAUUGGAAGAUGAUGACCAAGUUCCAGAUGUUGAGGUUCAAGAAGAACAAAUUGAGAUUAAUGAUGAUGACAAAGAUGAGUCAACAGCAGAUGCUGAUCAUGAAGCUAAUGCCACUAUUGUCAUUGAAGACAAAAAUGAAGAAAAUAAAACAGAAAGAGAAGAUAAGAAGCAAGAAAGAGAAGAAAGGAAGUUAGAAAAAGAAGAAAAGAAGCCAGAAGAAAGAAAGACUGAAAAGGAGAUUGAAGAAGAAAAAAAGAAAUUGGAAAAAGAAAAGCAGCUUCUAAAAAGUCGUUAUCAAAUACCUACUACACCACAUAUAAUGGUGCAUCCUUCAGCUUCAGCGAAAGGUGGAAAAUUUAAAUGCAAUGUUUGCACACUGUCCCUAUUACUUGACUAUCGAGUCACUGACAAUAAGGAGCAUAGUUUUGAGUUAUUUGUAUUUGCUGAGCUUUUCAAUGAAAUGCUCAUGCGUGAUUUUGGAUUCUACAUUUAUAAGACACUAUACACAUUACCUGAAAAGACUGACGAGAGCAAGGAAGGCAGUGAAAAACCGACUGAUAAGAAAGAUGAUAAGAAAAAUGAAAACGAUAAAAAAGAGGAAAAAAAGGAUGACAAAAGAGAUGACAAACGUGAUUCAGAACGUCGGGAUUCGCGAAGACGUGAUCGAUGCGAGUCGCACAGUGAUGAUGAACGUAGCAGUUCACCGCGGCGGCGCGGGCGUGGGGUGGAACUGCCGCCUGAUCCUUACUUGCUGCUCUCACUAGUUUACUUCGACACCGGACGCGGUGGUACUAUCUCGAAAAAAGAUCUCCAAAACCUAUUCAUGAGCCUCGGGCUAGCACUUUCCAGAUCUCAGAUACGAUCGUUAUUAGAGAAAGUGUGUAUCAAAGAAAUAUUUAGCUACAAAAAUCUCGUUCAAGUUAUAAAAGAUAUCUCAUCUGGUACUUCCGAUGGUAUUCAGGACUUGCCCCUUGAUGGUUCUGUCACUGCCGCUGAGGUUCCACCUCAAGUCGCCGAAUUAGAAGCUGCUAUAGCUGCUGGCAAUCGAGACCUGUUGCCUAUAUUAAACAAACCUGAUGAAAAUGGAACAUCAGCUAAUGAAACAAAGGAUAUUAGUGAUACUGGCGUGGUGGUAUACAAGUCGCGAGUGGUUGACGUCGGCGCCCUAGUGGCGGCAGAAGCCCGCGGUGCGGCGCAGCGUGCGCGGCUCGAGGCGGCGCUGGAGAGCACGCGCGCGCAGCUGCGGGCCGCCCGCGCCGCCGCCGCGCACACGCAGCAGGCCGAGCGCGGCGCGCAGACGCAGCUCUCCGACCUUACCGCUAGCCUGGCAGCCGCGCGCGCUCGUAUCACCUCGCUCACGGCGAGUUCCAAAAUAUUCCACUCAGCGUUGAAGAGUAUUCAGUCCAAAGUAGAAGCAGUCGUCAAUAUCAAAUAUGAAGAUGAUGAUGUCAUUGAAAUCGUCAAUGGACCAACAAAGGAAAAAGAAGCGAAAAAAGAAACAAAUGAGGAGAAAAAAGAAAAAUCUGAAGCAACUGAAUCAACUCAGAAAAAUGAGGAGAACAUAGACUCUGGUGAGACCAAAAGAGAUUCUACUGAAGUCACAAAAGAACAUGAUACAAAAGAAAGCAAAGAAAAUGAUAACAUAGCGACAGAAAACAUGGAAAUUGAUGAUAAGGAGUAAAAUUCAGAAAUUACAUGCAAGACAAUGUGAUAUUUUGUUAUAAUUGAAUGAAAUGCUUUUGACUGAGUAUACACAGGUAUUGUAAUUAAUUGUCAGGCAAUAUUCACAAAAAAAUACCUAGUAAAAUAAGUUUUAAUACACUAAAUAAAUUUUAUUAAAUGAACACAAUGCGUUUUAAUACAAUUUACUGUAAAGUGAUGCAUGUAGUGGUUGAUAAAUGUAGUUUCUGGGAAUAAGAAAUGGUUUGUGUUACAGUAAAUGUAUUUUAACAUAUUUUUUCAAAAUUGUAUUUUGUAUAAUGUUGUACGAAUUAUUAAAGAUCAGAAAAUGAAUGAGAAACAUACUAAGUUUCUUAGAAAAUCUAGAAUUAAGUUCUUUAGUGUGUCAAUGCAUUAAUAUAGACAUUGAUUCAA